AUGAGGGCACUCACGCUGAUCUGUGUGAUCUCCGGCCUUGUACUGGCCUCCUCAGGGGAAGGAGAGUCUUCCAAUGGGACCACACCAGCAGUAACCGACCACAAUACUACAAGCAGCAUAAUCGUGCCAACCACAAGCAAUCACACGCUGACAACUGUGGACAGCAAUCAGACGCUGACAACUGCCGACAGCAAUCAGACGCUGACAACUGCGGACAGCAACCACACUCUGACAACUGCUGACAGCAAUCAGACGCUGACAACUGCCGACAGCAAUCAGACGCUGACAACUGCCGACAGCAAUCAGACGCUGACAACUGCCGACAGCAAUCAGACGCUGACAACUGCCGACAGCAUUCAGAAGCUGACAACUGCGGACAGCAACCAGAUGCUGACAACUGUGGACAGCAAUCAGACGCUGACAACUGUGGACAGCAAUCAGACGCUCACAACUGUGGACAGCAAUCAGACGCUGACAACUGCCGACAGCAAUCAGACGCUGACAACUGCUGACAGCAUUCAGAAGCUGACAACUGCGGACAGCAACCAGACGCUGACAACUGCCGACAGCAAUCAGACGCUCACAACUGUGGACAGCAAUCAGACGCUCACAACUGUGGACAGCAACCAGACGCUGACAACUGCCGACAUCAAUCAGACGCUGACAACUGUGGACAGCAAUCAGACGAUGACAACUGCGGACAGCAACCAGACGCUGACAACUGCGGACAGCAAUCAGACGCUGACAACUGCCGACAGCAAUCAGACAGCGGCAACCUCAGAUGUCACAAUGUCAAAUGAGACUUCAACCAAUGUACCAACCACAACAGAACUCAUUACCAGCACUGGACAGCAGAACGUCAGCACUGCGAUACCGACAACAUCCAAGCUGACAUCUUGUACAGGGGACAUUUGUGGAAACCAGUCGAGCUGCCUGCAGCUCGCUAACACACACGUCUGCCUGUGCCCGCUAAACUAUUAUUACAACGAAGGCAGCUUAACCUGCAAUCCAGAUGUCCUUGGCCCAGAGCCCGGGGUGAGACCAGAGAAGAGGCUCAGCAAACCCAAGGGAGUCUGA